AUCAGCCAUGAGCGACAAGUCGAGCUUACUGAGAAAUCGAAAUAGUUGGGGACCCAUAUCAGUAAGUACGCCCAUUUGUUAUCGAGGCAAAACCAACGAUGAAGAAGCAGAAGAUGAAGACGACGAGGUCAAGAGUAUUCAAGCGAGACAGCUAGAUCCACUGAAAGAAGACCUCGCUGAUUGGCUGAAUAAGACUUUGGGUGUUGACUACAUCACCAAAGACAAUUUUCUCGCCGAAUUAGAUAACGGCGUGGUGUUAUGUCACUUGGCCCAAGGAAUUUGCGAUAUAAUCAAACAAACCGUAGCCAAUGGACUCAUCAAGGGGCAAAUCCCCAGCAUCAGAGGAAAAUGUUUCGAAAAGGCUGCGAGAAGAAGUUUUUUUUCUAGGGAUAACAUGGAGAACUUCAUCAGGUUCUGCAGAUCGCUUGGUGUCCACGAAAAUCUCCUAUUCGAAAGCGAUGAUUUAGUUUUGCACCACCAGCCGCGAAACGUCAUUCUCUGCCUCCUCGAAGUAGCCCGGAUAGCCUCCAAAUACGGCGUGGAGCCUCCAGGUCUGGUCCAACUGGAAAAGCAGAUAGCAGAAGAAGAAGGUCGGUCUCCUGGAUCGAGACUGAGCUCCCUGUUAUCUUGGCAGUACCCAGACAGCAGUUUCAAUUCUUCAUCGACCUUCAACUCCCCCUCGAGUUUCAAUUCGUCCUCGAGCUUCACAAAGAUGCGUCAGAGCGCGUCUGCGUCUGCCAUUUCGUCCGUUAUUGACAGGUGGGACGGAGGGCACCACGUGAUUCUGGUCCCCGAACGCACAAGUGACCUCCCCUCUCCCAUAGUUGCAGCUAGCGGAGCUAGUGAUGGAGUUCCUAGUGAUAACACCGAGGAUGAGGAUUGGUCCAGAGGUAGUGGUGAAGAUCCGGAUCGGGACCUGACCCCACCACCAAGACCUUCUUCUACGGGUGGAGGAGAGUCCCCCAGUCCCACCACGGAGUUGGACAGGAAAGUACAGCUGGCUGCUCGUCUGAUGCAAAAAAAUUGCAACUGCUCGAGCGGAAAAUGCGACAAACUGAAGAUCAGGAAGGUGGGGGAGGGAAAAUACAACAUAGCCGGCAAAAACGUUUUCGUUAGGUUGCUUAAAGGUCGUCACAUGAUGGUCAGAGUAGGCGGGGGCUGGGAUACCCUGGAUCAUUUUCUGCUCCGUCAUGACCCUUGCCAGGUCAAAGUGAUGAACAGAGUGACGCCGGAGCGGCCUAGCAGUGCCUCUAAAUACCUGCAUAUCCGCGCCAAGUACCGCAGCCCACCUCCCACACGUUAGAGAAGAAAAUUGUCAAAGAGGUCCUUGAAUGUUGUGGUCCAUAUUCAUUCUGAUCGAAUUCAUAAGCGCCUUGAAUGUGGGAGAGUUUUUGCGUCCGGGUUUUUCCCACGUAAAAAUCGUAUUGCCGGGGUUAAACUGUAUUUGAUUUUGUAUUAUGGUUGACAUACAUUUCAAAUUUGGCAACGUUGUUAAAUGCCAGUGUUUCAAAUAGUUCGUAGAAAGUAGUGUUGUUCCUGGUGUUACUUUUUGAGCAGUCAUGCCACUAAAUUAACUAUAGAGGAGAAACACUAUUUUCAUCAAAGUUUAUUUCCAGAGUUUUACCUCUGACAUAGGUUCUGUCACAGAACACAUUGAAGAAGACAUACACAUCUGUCGACACUUUGAUUCUGAGGGUCAAGUUUCUGUGUUGGUGGUGUUCCGUGUAUUAACGUUUACUAACAACUGUUCUGUGCUCCUUUAUAUGAUAUUCUGUAGUUCUGUAGUCAAAGAACACUAAGAACUUCAGAAUGGAACUUUUUGGAACCAUUCGAAAAAGUUCGGACCUAGAAACUCUCAAACAUGCAAACCGACAUGGUGCUUUAUUCAAAUAUAUCAUUACUUGCCAUUCUCGAAUUGAAUAAUCAUAAUAUUUAUUCACAAGUAUAUAUUUUAAUACUAUAUCGCACAGUAUCAAUCAUAUAGCAACUUAAACAAUCAUGUUUUAUCUACGUAACCUCAUUCUUAUGACGUAAACUGCAAUUCAUUCGGUUAUUUCGUGAUAAAAAGGGUUUUAUCAAGACCUUUGAUGUCUCUAAAAUCUUUUUUGAAAAACAUACUGUUUUGAGCACGGAAAACAACCUGAUGGCUUCUAUUUUGGAUUUGAUUCCAAAUAUAUUUAUAGCGCACUGUGAUCGACACGUCUCACGUUGUUUGAAAUUAAAAUUUCGAUGAUAAUAGUAAUAAGUAAUUGUUGAGUUAUAGUGCAGCUUACUAUAAUGUAAUUCUAAGGUUUUUCUACCAAUCACGCCAAGUUCAAAUUAGUGUUAAGGUUUUUGUAGACUUGCGAUUUAAUAUAGUAGGAUAGUCAAUCGAAUAGUUUUGUAUAUAUUUGUACCAUUAUUAAAGGAUAUCUUACUUCUCA